AUGGGCUCCAUGGAUAUGGGCUCUAUGGCCAUGGCCACUGCCUCUUCCACGAUGGAUAUGGGCGCACAUCACACCUCCGGUAUGUCCAUGGCUACCUCCACUGGUAUGGAAGGAAUGCACAUGGGCGGAAUGGACGGUAUGGACGGCAUGCACAUGUUCUUCACAACCGAGUUCAAGAACUACCCCGUGCUUUUCAGCAGCUUGACUGCAUCCACCAAGGCCCAGGCGUUCGGGAUCUUUGUGUUGUUCUUCUUCCUCGCAUUUGUGGCCAGAGGCUUCGAGUUCCUUAGAAUGUACUUGGAGCAGUUGGUGUGGAAGAACCCUGUCUACGUUGAGUGCCACCCUGGCGACGAGGCCAAUGUCAUUUCACCCAAGGAAACCGCCAACUGCUGUGGCGGUGACGACUCUGACGAUAGCAUCAAGAAACCAAACUCGGCUGUGUUCCGUGCGGACUCCUUCGAGCACGACAAGAGAGAUGCCACCAACAACCUGUUGUCCAUGGCUUCCAGAGUGUACAGAGACAUCAUCAGAUUGGUGUUGUGUAUCUUGCCCGACUUGUUUGGCUACUCCUUGAUGUUGGUGGCCAUGACCUACACCUUGGUCUACUUCUUUGCUGUGGUCAUCGGCUCAGGUGUGGGAAGAUUCUUCUUUGAGAGAUUGAGUGACAAACUCAACAUUAAGGCUUCCACUUCAUUUGGAAGACAUUGUUAA